GCCCUGUCUGUGGAUGCCUUGCCGGCUGGGCACAUCAAUGGAAACUGCCCCUCCAGGGCUCUUGUCCGUUUACACAACGCCCUCCAUGGUCGUCCAUAGUUGGUUCUGAUUGUUGACAUCGAGUUCGGUCCCUGGGAUCCUCCGACAACCUUUGCGUGCUGCGUCACCCCCUCCUUAAUAUAAUCCUGCACACUGCCGUCGUGUGUCAUGCCGAAAACGUCGACUAGGAAACAGCCAUGUCUGACGAAGUUUCCGACUUUUUGCGCUCGGUCGAGCUGCUGAAGGAGAGGCGGGAAGAAGAAGACGAAGCCCGGUCGCGCGAGCUCGAGGAGAAGAUCUUACAGGAAAAGAAAGAACGCCAGGCCCGACGCGCAGAGCGCGCGAGGUCAAUUUCGCCCCAAAAGUCAUCGCCCGCGAACACGCCACCCCCAACCGCCCAUCGCGUUGGUAUCCUUCCGUCGGCAUCCGGCGGCACGACUUUGGAGUCGCCUGGCCUUGACAACGCUGGGAGUCCCAGGCAACGCGCCCUCGAACCGCCUUCCGAUGCCAUGGAUAAAAUCGCGGUCGAUCACCCGGAUUCUCCGACCAAGGAGAACGACUCCCCGUUUGAUGCGGAAACCAAACGAACCAGCAUGACCUUGAGCUCGCCCUCCAUUGGCAUGCCGUCCGCUCGAUCGCCCCUCUCGUGGCAGAGGCGACCGACUUCGCAAGCCUCCGAUCGCCCGAGAAGCCGACCGUUAUCCGUGGUGGCCGCUGAGAACGCCGCCCGGAAUAGCCCCAGCAGCGCCGAUUCACCCGAGCCGACCUUGUCUCGCGAUCAGAUCGCUCAGUCUCUCUCGAGCAAAGACCCGUCUUGGUUCCGUCAGACUGCUGAUCCGGGCCGCGGGUCAGGGGCUUUCCGGAAGACCCAGGUGGAGGACCAGGACACCGUGGUUAUGCCCUCCACGCGCACACAGCUUCCCGGCAUGGCGCGAGAGCUGACACUAGAAUCGCCCAAGGAGAGCUCCGCGGGCCGACCAGUGACGCCCACCAACCUACCCAGCAAACCUGGGUCCCCGCUUCCUUUGUCGGGCACCGAACGCCUGGAUCCUCCCGCGGUCGGCAGCGCAGAGAAUGCGGAGACGACCUCUCCAGAGUCUCAGUCUGUAACCUCGCCACGAGGGCGGACCUCGCCCACCAGGCCCAUUUCCCCCACAAAGGGCAUGGGAGGGUUUGUGCAGAGCGCCAUGAUGAGGCGUUCGGACAGCGUUAAGCGGUGGAGUGUCAACUCCCCUGGCGGCUUGCAGCGGGCGGAUUCCGUACCCUCCAGUCCAGCCGCUGCAGACAGUGCGCAUCGCCCCACCACCCCCAAGGCCAGCGCGCGCCCAAAAAGUAUGCUUCGGGAGACAUGCGCCGUGUCUUCCCUCCCGCCAACCUCCGGCGAGGAGAAGGAUGAGAAGGACGAGAAGGAGGCUGGAUCAGAGGAACAGCCCGCUUCCGCCAGACCUUCCACGCCAACCGAGACAAAACCGAGGGACGGAGAGGAGAAGGCGAGCCCACCAAUAAGUCCAUCCAAGACCAUGGAUCCCCGGAGAUGGAGCCCGACAAAGGGCUCCAGCUGGCUCGAGGCAGCACUGAACAAGCCAGAGUCGCCCAAGGCCAAACCAGCCGCUUCCGCACCGGCUCAGCCAGCGUGGAUGGUCGAGCUGAACAAAGCAAAGGCCCAGAGAGCCAGCGCAGAUCCUGCCCGCAACUCAUCCUUACCGAAAAAGCCCGAGGUCAAGACCGGUGGGCUUAUGAGGUCCACGCCCAUGGGCGCGAGUGUGAAGCCAAGUGCUCUGAGUGGCCUCCCCGUUGUCCCUCCCGUACCCGCGUCCGACAAACCAGUCAUUGCCGGGUUGCGUGGUAGCCUCCGGAAAACGUUUCCGACUACGGAGGGUUCGGAAGAGAGCCAUGACACCCCUUCGGUAAAAGACCUCCGCGCCAACCUUAGGCCUCGAGCGCCACCGCCCGAAUCCAAGCCGGGAAAUUCUGUUGAUGAGUUGAAGAAUGUUGUUGGGAGCUUGAGGAGAACCAAGACGCAAAGCUACGUGGCUCCGGAUGAGCUGAAGGAUAACAUCCUGUCUGGCAAAGCGGCCUUGAACACCACUGGUGGACCCAAGAAGACGGAGUCGAGAGACGAAUUCAAGGAAGCGAUACUAAAGAAGAAGGAGGACUUUCAGAAGGCACAGGAGGAAGGACGAGGUGUCACCAGACAGCCGAACUCCGCUAGCGAUCCGUCAGUUCCUGAGGGAAUUGCAGUUGCGAAGAAGUUAGAGCGGCAGCGAACGGGGACCGUCUCCAAGCACACCUCGGCCGCUUCUGAUCUUAGCCAUGCCCCUUCUCGUUCCAGGCAUGAGAUUCCCAGCCUGGGUUCUGAAGUUGCCGUGAACGUCUCACCCGAGGCUUCGAAAGAGCCUGUUGCAGAUUCGGCUGCUCCCAACACUUUAUCGAAACCGGCAGAUGCGCCGGGCCGAGUUGGAGGCAAAGUCAGUGGCUUGGCCGGUCGGUUCAAUCCUGCCCUGGCGGAUCUCCUUGCACGGGGUCCUCCGCCGGCCUCGGGACCUAGAUCGUCGGGGACUGCGGGCGCCUCCGGGACGUCAGAAACAAACGAACCUGCUGGUCCCGGCCCUCAACUGACCCACAUGACGAAGAAUCGAGCUCGUGGUCCUAAGAGGAGGGCUCCUACGUCUGUCGCGCCUCAACGCGCAGCGCCGGUUGAGACGUCAGCCAGCGCUGCCUCCGAACCAAAAACUGCAUCGCUUUCCUCAACUCCUGAGCCUAAGGAGACCAUGUCGUCUCAUCCAGCAGAGGCAGAAGAACCUAUCACUUCUCCCGCGGCAGGGCGAACGAUCGCUUCCUCGGAACCGAGGAAACCGGUCAUUUCUCCUAAACCAGAGAGUUCUGCGCCAUCCACCCCUGUACCUGUCACGCUGGCAGACCGGAGAAAGUCCUUUAUACAAAAUCGGACAGGGUCCUCAGGCGAGGGCACGUCUCUGGAAUCGCCAAAGCGCGUACUCAAAGAGGAUCCGAAACCAGUCGGCCAGUCCGGCGCCCCCACUGAGCCUAGCCCGGUUCAGACUCGUCCCCGUUCACCUACCAAGGUCCACGAGCAGGUGGCAGCUCUAGCGGCACUGAGCCAGCAAUCACCGAAGCCCGCCGAUACCAAGGCCGGGAUCGCUUCACAGCCGCCCUCACCGAAGAAGCUCGACAUGAAGAGAAUGUCCAGGUUCUUGGAAGAACAGAAGCAGCCGAGCUCCGAGAUUGAGCCGGUAAAGUCGAGGCCGUCUUCACCAAUCAAGGAUCGCUCCGACUCUGUAAGCUCGAAGCCCGUGUCUCUGGUCAGAGAGCGGGCAGAGUCGAUCACGGGAGGGCCCGUUUCUCUCGUCAGGAACCGUUCGGAUUCUUUGCGGUCGAGGUCAUCCUCUCCGAUCAAGGACCGCUUCCCUGGUCUCGAGAUGCCGUCACUGAGGAACCGUACGGAAACCGAGCAGCCUGAAGCGAGGACUGCGUUUUCGAGCAGAGGCGGCGCGGCGCCGUCGGGUGGUGCCGGACUGGGCCUGACACAGCCUACAACGGCACCGGCACCAACCGUUCAGAAGCCUGCGGAGACAGAGCUGCCGCGACCGUUGGCCCCCCAGACAACCAGGCCACUCCCGGCAACUCCCACCGCAGCAUCUCCACCCGUCACGACACCCCGCGUAGCCUCCCCAGCGCGGUCGCCGAACAAGCAAGCAGCGGACGCAUCAGAACUCAUCAACAAUUUCUUUGGGCCAGAACGCCCGAGGCGCAAGUACACGGCUGAUGCAGCCGAGAUCCUGAUGAAUCAACCAGUCUCGACCGCCAAGGUGCAGACCCAGCGGGCUCAGCUCAUUCAGCUCACUUCUGAAGGCAAGAAGAUCCCAGUGCCUUCGCACUACGAGCGGGUCCUGUUCGAGCGCGAGAUGUACAUCUGCCCGCACAGUUACCUCGACGGCUCCGGCAAGCAGGUGGUCGACGUCUACUUUUGGGUUGGCGACGAGGUGCCCGAGUCACAGGUAGAUGAUGCCCAGCUCUUUGCCGCGCGGGAGGCUAGGGCGUUCGGCGGAAAUCUAGUCAAGCUGACCCAGGGCAAAGAGACGUCCCAGUUCAUGCAGGCUCUCGGCGGGAUCAUCAUCAUCCGCCGCGGUUCGAGCAACAAGUACGACUCGCUCGCACCCCACAUGCUCUGUGGCCGCCGCUAUCUGGGCCAAGUCGCCUUUGACGAGGUCGACUUCUCCCCGCUGAGCCUCUGCUCCGGGUUCCCCUACCUCAUCACCCAGCAGGGCAAGUGUUAUCUCUGGAAAGGCAAGGGCAGCGAUGCCGAGGAGCUGGGCUGCUCUCGACUCGUAGGAAUGGACCUCGCGCUGAUGGGCGAGCUCAUCGAAAUCGAAGAAGGUAGCGAACCGGACAGCUUCUGGGAGAUUUUUGGCGGUGGCACGCGGCCAAUUUCGGCGGAUCACUGGCGCCUCAAGCCGAGCUAUGACAAGUACCGCAGCAGGCUGUUUUGUGCCAGCUCAACCGACAGGCACCAGAUUACAGAAAUGUGCCCCUUCUCGCAGGCGGACCUUCUCCCGUCCAAUAUAUACGUCCUCGACGCCUUCUUCGAGCUGUACAUCAUUGUCGGCGCCCAGUCACAGCACCAGUACGCCGCCUUCCGCAACGCCCUCGACUUCGCCCAGGAGUAUGCCAUCCUGGCGGCCGGCGCGGAGGACCGCCCCUUCGUACCCGUCUCGACGAUUGUGCUCGAGGGGAUCCCCCGGGACCUCAAGAGCGUGUUCCGCAAGUGGCGGGACGCCAAUAGCCCAACCAUUAUGCACGUUACCAACCCUCCUCCUCCUUCUCAGCCUGGCGUGAGCGGUGGCGGCCCAUCUUCUGCCGGUGGGCAGCCGACGCCGAGUCCGUUGAAGAGGGGGCGCAGCUUAAGGAUCGUGCCGUUGACGCAAGCGCUGCAGGCGCUGGCGGAGUAAAUGGUCUCUCCACUCUGUCUGUCGCCUUUAGGGUGGGAGUAGUAUGAGACGUUAGAGGGUCCUUUUCUUUGUACAAAUCAUGCUGGCGCAUCGUACUGUACAGUGUUAUCAUAUUGGGGUUGCAUACUAACGGGGGCGAUGGCUGAUGUUCUAUGUUUUUUUUUUCCGGCGUGGGAGGCUACUUGUUUGUUAGAUGGCGGUCAUCAGAGACCCGUUCUCCUGCAUG